UUAUAAACUCCUUCCUCCCUGUUCCCCUCUUCCCCCAAUUUCUCCAUUCUCAUUCUCAACUUUCUUCCAAAUUUACCCUUUUCUAUUUCAAUAUGAAGAACAACACACUCACAGAUCAUGAACACUACCACCAUAGCACCAGAUUCCUUCACAAUCCUUCUUUCUCUUCAACCCUCCUUGACCAAAUCUACCGUUCCAUUGACCAAUCCGAACAACACAAUUACACAAAUACCCCCAAUCACAUGAACACCUUCUUCACACAAACAACUUCAAGAACAGAGAAGAACAAGAAACAGGAUACAUCAACAAGAAGCACGUCACGUGACUAUGACAAUGACGUCACGUGCUUCAGUUCCACGUCACUUUCCUCCGAUUCCAGCUCGUCCUCUUCUUCUUCCGCGGGAUUCUCAUCCUCCGACACGGAGUCAACAAGGCCGUCAAGGACGCGGUCGUCCUCAUCGUGCUUCUUGCCUCUGAGGUCGGUGAAGACCAGCGCGUCCUUGAGGGACGAGGAAAAAGGAGACGAUCAUCGUCGAAAGUUCCACAGCUUUCGCCACGAUUUCAAAACCGAAUUAGGCGCUCUAAUCGGCGGCGAUCGUGGCGAAGAUGAUUACGAAUCAUUGUCCAUGAAAUCCAAGUCAAGAGCGUUGAAGAUCUAUAACAAUAUCAAGAAGGUGAAGCAACCGAUUUCACCCGGUGCUAAGAUCACUAGCUUUCUCAACUCGAUCUUCGCUACUUCCAAGAAAACCAAGUGCACCAACCAUGACAUAAAAAAUAUUUAUCAAAAUCGGUUACAUGAAUCAAACGACACUUGUAAGAACGUGGACAGCGAUGCAAAAAAGCCAAAGUCAAUUCAAACUUCAUUGCCUUCUACUUGUUCAUUUUCGAGGUCUUGUUUGAGUAAAACUGGUCGGCUACAUAGACCAAACGACGCUCUAGAAGAAGAAAGAGAAGCCAAGUUAGUUCAAACUUCAACACAUUCUUCUCUUUCUUCUUCUAAAUCUUGUUUGAGCAAGACUCUAACUUCCGAAAGGGAAAAGCUUCGCAACGGAGCGAAAAGAACGGUUCGAUUCUACCCCGUGAGCGUGAUUGUGGGUGAAGAAGGAAUCAAUAAUAAAGUUGCCACAAAAACAUGGAAGAAUAGCACCAACGUAGAGAAGAGCAAGGUGGUGAAAGAAGCUGCAAGGGAGUUCUUGGAGGAGUACCAUAAGAACAAGAACAAGAACAAUUUGGUUUCAGAAGCUUUAAUGGAUUUGCAUAAAAAUAAUAGUAACAAAAUAAAUAAUGCAAAUGAAGAUGAUGACGAAAACGACGACGACGAUGACGUGGCAAGUUGUGCAAGUUCGGAUCUGUUUGAGCUUGAUCAUUUGGCUGAGCUUCCUGUGUAUGAAACAACUCAUGUUAGCACUAAUCGUGCCAUUGCUAAUGGUCUUGCUGUGUAGUUAAUUAGUUAUUGUACAAUAAUUUUUAUAUUUU